UUCAUGGCUUCAUCAAACAGGCACUGGCCUAGCAUGUUCAAGUCCAAGCCCUGCAACACUCACCACCAAUGGCAGCAGCAUGACAUCAACCCUUCUCUCAUCUCAAGUGCUUGCCAUAGACCUCCUUGCUCCUCAGGCUGUGAAGAGCGUACCCCCGAGCCUAAACCGAGAUGGAAUCCGAAACCCGAACAGAUUCGGAUACUGGAAGCCAUAUUCAACUCCGGGAUGGUUAAUCCACCGAGGGACGAAAUAAGGAAAAUCAAAGUUCUGUUGCAGGAGUAUGGUCAAGUAGGCGAUGCCAAUAUAUUUUACUGGUUCCAGAACAGGAAAUCAAGAAGCAAACCCAAACUUCGAAACCUCCAAAACACUAAACAGCAGCAGUCAUACUUAACUCCAUCAUCUUCAUCACACAAAUCUUCACCAAAAGGAGCUAAAAAGAGUACGGCCAUGAUCAUGGAUGUUUCCGACUCACCAAGUGGCUCGGUGAACCAGACCUGCUUCCAUCAGCAGCCUCAAACCGAGUUCUUGAACGAACCCUUUGUAUUUCCUAUGCAACAGGGACCUGGAUUAACACAAGAGUUUGCCUUCCCUGAACAGCCAAUCGUCGGGCCAUGUACGAGUCUAUUGUUGAGUGAGAUAUUGAACCACGAAGCUCCAAGGAAAGAACAUGAAGAAAAGAUGCUGAUGCAACUGCAGCUUAGUUACUCUAUGACCAAUAAUGCUCCUCCCGCAACUGUUCCAUCUCAUAGCCACCACAGUCCUGGUGUCGGCGAAUUGGGUGCAGUGGAUCCUGGAUGUGCAGCGGUGGCCAGAUCAUCAUCAUCGACGGUGUUCAUCAAUGAUGUAGCCUUUGAGAUGGCCGUGGGACCGUUCAACGUGCGAGAAGCAUUUGGUGAUGAUGCAAUCUUGAUCGACUCUGCCGGUCAACCUGUUCUCACCAAUGAGUGGGGGAUAACACUUCAGUCCCUUCAACAUGGUGGAUUUUACUAUCUGCUUCGCUCAUCAACUCCUUUUUCCGUAUAA